AUGGAUUUAGUUGCGGAAUAUGGAUCAUCAUCAGAUAAUGAUUCCUCCAAUGAUGAUGAAGAAAUGCCACAGCCAAUAAAAAAAAAGAAAUUAGAAAAGGUAGAUAAAUUAAAAUCACUUUAUAAAUUAAGUGAUAUAAAGCAAAGAAUAGCUAAUCUAGAAGCUGAAGAAGCUGAAUUAAUAGAAGAAAGUAGUAUAGAAAAAUUUUCCAAAGUAAAAACUAAUGCUAAAACUUUAUUACAAAAACUUCCAGAACCAUCUAAUACAAAAGAAAAAGAAAUUAAAACAAACAAUUCAUUAAUAUUUGUUCCCAGAAAAAUAAAAAAAGAGAAAGAGGUUAAAGAUACCAUAGUUGUUGAUGAAGAAAUAAAAGAUGAUUCUGAAGAUAGUAAUGAAGGAUAUACAAAUAUGUUUGGUAUGUCAUCUCUUUCUCUACCAUCUUCUUCAUAUGAAGAAAUUGAAACAAAACCAGUUUUAGAAAUUUUUAUGGAUAAUAACAUAUCAGGUCCGUGUAGACCAACACCAACAAUUUCUGAAAAUACAAUAGAAGAUGAAAAUGAAUCUAAUACAACUCCAGGUACAAUAACAAAAGAGCAAGCUAAUGAAUUAAUUUACCGUCAUGAACUUGCACAAUGGGGAAUUUCUCGAGAGGCUGCCGCUAGAGUAGAAACACAUAUAACAGAUGUUAAUGUGGAUUCUUCAUUAGGCCCUAAUAUUGAAAGUACGAUAAGAGCCAACAUGCAUUACGGAAAUGCGGCACUAAUUGUUAAUGCAAGUAAAGUAAAUCCCAAAAAUCCAAUAAAUAAAUUGGCUAAACAAAAACAUCAAAUUACGUAUCUUGCUGAUCUUGCCAUGAAAAAUGAAGAGAAAUUAAAAGAACAAUGGGCUAGUAAUAAAAGUAAAAGAAAACUUGCAGCGCAAAGAUAUGGUUUCAAAUGA